AUGCCAAAAACUAGGGCGUGGAAGACCAGCUUCUUGACAUGCCAUAGUGAAAUAAGGUGCACUGUCCCUACUGUAUUACCUGGUCUCGGUGUCGGCCUGCUGGAAAACGACGAAAUACUAGUGACAACAGAGAACGCGGGCAUAUCGUUCGCGGAGAUAAACUCGACGAGUAAACUGACGCAGGAGGACGCAGACAACGGCGAAUGGCACGGGAAGAUACGGAUAUAUGGGGAAUUCUUAGGGAGGACAAACAUAGGCAUCCGUGCGGCACGCAACGGCGAAAUUUCCGCCGCCAACGAGACAGUGUCCGUCAUUGUGACGCGCCCAGAACGCGUCAUUGACACCAUCUUCACUGCCAGCAUUGCUCUCUUUGUGUCCCUUAUCUUCAUAAACUUCGGCUGCGCGAUGCACUGGCCCACAGUUAAAGAGGUGCUGAAGAAGCCCAUAGGACCCGUCAUUGGGAUGGUCGGACAGUUCAUAUUUAUGCCUUUGAUGACGUUCGGUCUCGGCUUCCUGAUCUUCCCGGACAAUGCGGCGCUUCACUUGGGAAUGUUCAUGACGGGAGUGGCUCCUGGCGGUGGUGCCUCCAACAUCUGGACCUUCAUCCUGGGCGGGAACCUGAACCUGUCGCUUGCUAUGACGUCGAUAUCUACUAUAUUCUCCUUCGGUUUCAUGCCACUCUGGAUCUUCUCUCUCGGGCAAGUGGUAUUCGCGAAUGCCAACAUUGGGGUGCCAUAUACCAACGUGAUAACGUUCGUGGUAGGCCUCCUGGUGCCUAUGAGCAUCGGUCUGGCCAUGCAGCGAUUUACGCCCAAAAUAGCAGCGUUUAUGGUCAAGAUAUUAAAGGGAUUCUCAAGCACGCUGCUGAUAUUCAUCAUAGUGUUCGCUAUUGUGACGAACCUGUAUAUAUUCCAGCUGUUCACUUGGCAGAUAGUAGUAGCGGGCAUGGGAAUCCCGUGGCUCGGCUAUAUGUUCGGCUACGCGCUCGCGCGGAUCUUCAAGCGGCCGCAUAAGGACGCGCUCGCCAUCUCCAUCGAGACCGGCAUCCAGAACACAGGCAUCGCCAUCUUCCUGCUGCGCUAUGCGCUGAGUCAGCCUGAGGCGGACAUCACUACAGGUGACUAG